UGCCAAAGGUCGCGAAGAAGUUCUGGUAGAAAAAAGGGGAAUUUUUGGCGUUUGAAAUGCGGACGUGAAUCAUCAACUCGCAGCCACGCAAAAAUCAUCUCGAUGACUUGGCUGGAAAUGUUAUUAAAUUCCCACGUACCCAAAAGCUUUACCUGAACUGAGACUGAGCCACGAUGCCGAAUAAAAAGAAAGGCAAACCGAGUGGCGACUCUGAGACUGGUGGUGGGUGGACCAGCGUGAAACGCCGCGCCCAUCAUCAUGCUUCUCAUAAGGGGGCCACAGCAGGUGGAGACGGCAGAUGUAUCGCCACGGAGGACGCUGAUUCGUCGGAAGAAGCACGGACUAAAGAACUUCGCUACCUACAAGAAAUGUUCUCCGGGAAGUUGGACCCAGUUGUUGUCCAUAUGAUCAUGAAUGAUUGUGAUUUCAAAGUUGAAACAGCACUGGAAACCCUUUUUGAGCUUGCGGAACAGACCUCACCAGUUGAAUCCCAGAUGUAUAGACUCUCAGGAUUCAAGGAUGUCUACAUCCCAAGAGUUGAUGCAGAGGAGGAGCCAGAUGAAGACGAUGAACAUGGUGAGGGGGAAGAUGUUGAUGUAGAAGAUCCUCCCUUUCCUGAUAACUAUGGAGUGAGAAGGAGUCCGUCCACCUUGCCGAGAAGUGGAGGGGAUGAUGACCCUGCCCAGUCUCCACCAAGAAAUCCUGGACUGUCCACCCAAGCCGAGGGGGCUAAGGAUGAAGGUGGUAAGAUGAGCAGUUCUAAAGCUGAUUCACUGAGUGACCUUCCACUGAAGUGGGGAGGCUUGGAGCCCAGCCGAGCAUUCCAGCCAAGGUUUCCUCCAAAGCAGAAUCCUUUUGCCAGACACCCACGGGAGAGGCCAAUUAGUCCUCUCAACAACCUGAGCAAGAUAGACCCCUCGGAUUCCACCCUAUGCUAUACAGAUAAGGAGGCAAGCGGGCAAAGAAACAUUUCUGAAUUUGGUCAUGGGUCAGCUACCGAAUCUUUAAUUACCAACACCUCAUCCCAUAAGAUGAAUAUUCAUGAGGUCCGAGACACUGGUGCUGGUACCUGUUCUACUUUAUCAGAUGAAAGCAAGAAUGAUGAAAAGUUUGCCCAUAAAGGAGCAUUCACAUCGCAGCAUGGACCUACAGACGCUCUUUUGCUAUCAGAUAAUUUGGAAACUGACCGUAUUGAACCAGCAGUGGCUGCCAGCCAAACACCUAUGUCAGUUGAGCAGAAUUUUGGAAGAGAUCCCACACCUUCAUCCGAGGAGAAAUUAAAAGACGAAUCUCCAGCAGAAGAAGCUGUCAGUGGCUCAUCGCCUGCUGACCUGCCAGCGGGUGAACUUGAAGCCCUACUUGGAGAAAUUGAGAUGUGCCCAGAGAAAUUGUCUGAGUCAGAAGAGAAUGUUGAGCCUAGCAUCACUGACCACCAACUAGGACUGGCAAAUGAAGCUUCUGUUGAUUGCACUGACCUCUUGGAGAAGACAAGUAGUCCUGCUGAACUGAAACCUGAAACUAAUUUCAGUCAAAUUGAUAAGGCGAAUGAGGUUCCCACAAUAAAAUAUGUGAAGCCCAAACAUCAGUCAACUACAGUGCAAAAAGAUGAUGCAUCUAAGAAUGAUAAGCAGAGGAGCAUGAAUGUGGCUGCUCCAGCCUUUGUCCCAAGAGUUUAUGCCAGGCCCCUGACCCCCACGGGGCACCAGCAGUAUCCUCCCCCAAAAGGGUUUAAACCGAGACAAGGCCUUUGGAUGCCCAAAGUGCCUCAUCCAGCUGGAAGGGCAUCUUCCCUCCAGAAACAUCUCAAGCAAUUUGAUGGACAAGUCGGGAGGCCUUUUUUCACUCCUUCCCCCGGCUCCCGGGAGCAAAGUCCCAACCUUCUUGAAGAAUCUGAAAGGCAAGGAUGGAACGCCAGUCAGCAGCAACAGCCUUUCCAGCAUCCAGCGCAAAUGUUUCAGCCACCAGAGAGCAGAUUUCGCCCAGUAUCGAAACGGCAGCCACAGGCAUCCUUCUGGCUGCAAAAUCAACCCCCUCAUCCACGACACCGGAUGCCUAGUGGGCCAAACCAAAGUUACCAGUUGUUUGGUCCUGGGGUUGUACCCCCUUCACAUGAUGCACCGCUUGUGGGCACAACACCUUCCAGAGGACAGCGCACCAACUCACCACAUGAGGGUGCCAGACAACCUCAAGGUCCAUCCCAGAGGCCAGUCAACAAGCACAUGAGUCAUGCACCCCGGGAGCAAGGUUACAACUGUAAAAAGGCUGGGAUGGAAGGCAAAGCUGUUCCAUUGCCGGAGGGCAAAGUAUUGUGCUUAAUGAGGGGAUGCCCUGGGAGUGGGAAGAGCACACUGGCAAGAACGCUUGUCGGCAACGGGCAAAUCUUGAGCACCGAUGACUACUUCACCAGGGAGGAUGGACAGUAUUGCUUUGAUAUCACCAAGCUAAGUGAGGCCCAUGACUGGAGCCAUCAGAGAGCUAAAGAAGCCAUGGAAUCUGGAGUCACACCACUCGUCAUUGAUAACACCAAUAUAGAACGCUGGACAAUGAAGCCAUAUGUUGCUAUGGCUGUCCGUUAUGGCUAUGCAGUUGAGUUUCGAGAGCCGACAACACCGUGGAAAUUCAACCUCGGGAAACUGUUCAAAUACAACUCACAUGGUGUUCCAAGAGAGAGGAUCAAAUUGAUGAUUGAGCGCUUUGAAAGAGAUGUCAAUGUAGAGAAUAUUCUCGGCUCCUCAAAACCUGAAAAACCAAAAAGGAAGAUGACUGAAGCAGAACAGCACCCAUCCAAAGAGAGUUGGAGAAAAACUAAAAAGAAAGGUACAACAGCUCAUAAAGAAGACAGCACUUCAAAGCAGGACCUGGCACCAGGAUCCCAUAAAGCAAAGGCACAAGACAAGGAUGAUACUGCUGCAGAUAAGAAUCAGGAGGAAUGUGAUGAUGUCACCGUAGCAACAGAUGCCAUAACAGAGAAAAGCCAAAACAGAGCAGAGUUGUUCAUGUCGGAAGAUGAAGAUGGGUUUGAUGCAUUGAUGGACUCAGUGGCUUGUGACUCAGCUGAGGAUGUGAUUGCAAGAUGUGAUGAGGACAAAAUGAACAAGAAGCCACAAGAAAAUGUGGGAGAUGAGAUGAUGGUAUCCUUGAAUAAAGAAUCAUCUUGUGAAACUGUGGCAACAGCUGCUGCCAAGAGUUGUGACGAGAAGGUGAAUGACUCAAGAAUGGUUGAUGCAGAAGAAGAGUUAGAAAUGACAAUGAGGACAUCAGAAGCACCCCUUGAGUUACUUGAACCAUUCAUCAUAGAAGGUACAGUACAUCAGGUACUUUCAGAUAGUACAGGAGAUGGGGAAAAUGAAGAAGAUGAUGAUUUUCUUACCAUGGUGAAUGCCAUGAAGGAAGCAUCUUGCCAUCUACCCCUUGCAGUGAUUUCCUCUCUGGAAGAGAGUGAGAAUCUCCAAGGCGAGCAACAAGAACAGCAACCGACAAGUAGCCCCGGAUUCCUUGCUGCAAGGACAAAGUGUGAUUCACAUGCAAUGCUUUCUCAUCCACCGGGAUUUGAGCUGCUUUCAAAACUUCCAGAUGAGAGUCCCGAAGGCAAGCAAGGCAGUUACUCUGCUGACAGUGAUGAAGAUGAUUUUGCAGUGAUGAUGAACUUGAUAGCAGAUGCUUCCUGCCAGGAGCAAGAUCAACCUGUUCCCAUUUGCAGAAAUGAAGCGAGAAAUGAUGAAAAUGUACCCAAUUUGCAUUGUAUCCCAAGUGUCUCUACAAAUGAACCAUCUGCUUUCACUCAACACCUGAAAACAAAUGCAGAUUUGCACAAUGCUGAUGCUGCAGGUGAAUUUGCAGACUCGCCUUUUGAGAAACAAGGCUCUGUCAAAACUGGUGAAGAUAAUGGUGGCAAAGGGAAGGCUGAUGAAUGUUGUUCAGAUACUAAAGAAGCAAAUAAAGUUGGUCAGGUUUCUGCAGCAAUAGCAAAUGAGAAUGUCUCACUGGAAAAGGAUGCUUUGAAGAGGAAAUCUGAAACAGAUCAAGUAGUUGUUUCCACUGAUGACCAGCAGAGCAAUCAUAUGCUCAAUGAUAAUUGUGGGAGUGGAAUGAGUGACUUUAAGCCUCCUAUUGCUUCAGAUUUGAGAGCGUUGUCAAGUGUCAAAGAAAACAAAACACAUGUCCAAACUGAUGAAGUGCCUUCUACAACCCAGCCAACUUCACCUUCUGAUUUACUUGUCCCAUCAUCUGAGUGCAGAGGCCUCAGUCCUAGCCUGCUGGGUCCCUCAGCAGCUUCUGAGGAUGGUGUUACCAAGCAGUGCCAAGAGAGGAGGAAGGUGCGGCGAUCCAGAUCCCUCAACAAAAACACCAAGAUGGCUGCUGUUUUUCCCACCCUGUCUCCUGGAUCAGAAAACUGGUCUGACCUUGCUGGGCUGGUGGACCUAGGGUCUGAGGACAAAGCCGGCCUGUCUCGAAACAAAUCUCCAGUCCUAGAAAGCAUCUCCUUUACUGAGGCAGGAACUGAGACUUUGCCAUCAGAUUUCUCAUGUGUACAGAGGAUGGAAUCAGGGGAAUUGACAGUGGAAGACCUACGGCUACAGGGCCUCUUUGUUGCUGUUGCCCAGGCAAGACAAAUUGCUCUGCGAGAGAGUGACGUAACAUCCCAAAGGGAAGAUGCCAUUUCUGAAAGACCCUUAUCCUCAUCAUCCACCAGUCAUUCCCCGGUACCUGCUACUGUCAGACUGCACAAGAGCACAAUGACAGAUCAUGAGGAAAGCACAGAAAACAUUAAUGACAACUUGAAAAAUCUCAUCACCCUCUUCCCAGCUGUUUCUCCAAAGGAUCUUGAAGAUAUCCUUGCCAGAUGCAAAGGAGAUCUGGAAUGGGCCACCAACAUCCUCCUGGAUGAUUUUGGUAACAGGGAGAGAAUUGACCCUGAAAGCCAAGAAUUAAAUACUUCUGAUCAACUAUCCGGCAGAAGCCAAACAGAAAAUUCAUCAAGACCAGUAAAAGCUGAAUUCAAUGAUAAGGAAUCCCAGGUUAAUGGUGAUAAUCAAACUAAAGUGGCAGCUGAUUGCAUGAAAGAUCAUCUGGAGGCUAAGCAAGUUUCUCAAGCUGAGAACUUGGCCACGAACAUGAUUUCAGUUGUGGAUGACAUUCUGAAGGCCAUCGGCUCUAAAGAUACUCUGGCCAGUGUUGACAACACCCCUCUCAAACAGACAUCUGAGAGAGGAAAGACUGAAAUUGAUGCAGUUGAUAAUUCCAAUCAUUUUAAAUGUGUGCUGGAAAGUAACUCCUCUCCAGUAUCACAAGUUAACUUGAACUCUUCAAAUCUUGAAUCCGCAUCGAGUUGUCCCGAUUCUGACACAAAAGUCAAGUCUGACAUUUCUCCUCCCAGCCAAGAACCUGCUUCAAACCAGAGCAGCUCUGAAAGUGAGGGUGCACCAAGAAUGGCAAAUUUCCUUCAGAAACAGAAACAAACUGUGAGUGAUUCCUGUUUACCAGGGGAGGAACCAAAACUAGACAGAGAGGAUCUGUCAUUGAGAAUAGGCAUGUCACAUGGAGUUGAUUUGUCUGAGGUAGAAGUUGCUGCUUGGAUUAGAGAAGCCAGAACUGAAUCUAACAUUCUUGGAAGCUCAACAUCUCAUGAAGCCAGCAUAUAUCCAUCAACUGGAGAUCAACAACAAGUUGGUCUAGUAGACUGCAGCAACUCAGCAUCAGCUCUUCCAGGGAUGGCAUAUUCCCGCGGGAGUGGGUUGACAGCAUCUGACCCCUUUACUGACUAUGGGACCCCCACAAGAGAAAACAAACCACAGGUUGUCAGGCCAAAGACUCCAUUGCGCACAGCUUUAAGUCAGUCACCAACAAAAGCCUCCAAGGUAAAGAAACCGAAGGAUGUGGAUCUUUUUGUGAAAACGACCCACAGUGUGGAAGCAGAAGCUCCCUUGAGGAGUUGCGAGCUUGAGGCGGCCGGAGGAGUCCGGUUUUCCUGGAAUAGUGGGAGGGAGAUUGAGGAGUUUGGAGUGCCCCAUGAGGGACAAAUGAUGACUGGACAACAUGAUGGCUUUGAAAUGGAAGAAGGGUCAUUGGUGACUGAAGAGCAAGAAGAUGCAACCCUUCAUGACCAACCAGUGCAGAAGAAACUCUGGGAACUGAGAAGCUUAGAGGAAGGUUUGAUAUUACAGUUACCUCCCGCUUUUGCUCUUCAACUUCAGGAGAUGUUUGGUUCCAUCGGCUUCCACCUUCUCCCAGAGCUGUUACCAGCAGAGGACCUUCAGGUUCAUGUUGACUAUGACCUAGCUAAGACGUUGCACACACUGUGGGCUCAGACACUGCAGACACGGUUUGACAAGGAGGAGGAACUAGACAGCAUCAUCCAAGCCGAUGAAGAGCUUGCUCGGAAAUUGCAACAGGAAGAAGACAUUCAGCACAUGACCGAAGUCCAGUCAGCCCGGUCUGCCAAAUACCAAGGCACCAAAGCCCCCCUAAAAGCAGCCAAGCCGCCAAUCAGCUUGAGGCACGGCUAUGGGGACAGCAAGGGCAUGAUGGGUGCUCUCACCACAACGAGGCAACCCCCAGCAAUGGAAGAAGUAAAGGGUCUGAAAGAAAUAAUGGAGGAAGAACUGGCAGCACAGCUUAGCAAAGACAUGGAGGUUGAAAGCAAGCUAAAAACUGAUGAUUCAGUCUCCAUAGCAACCAAACUGAAGAGAGACAAGCUGUUCAGUGAGUUUCCCACACUAGACAGGGAUGUACUUGAAGAAAUCUUCCGGGACUACAACUACCAAUUGGAUCCCACUAUCAGGCACAUCAAGUCAUUCUUCAACACUGCGUCCAGCCAACCCAAAAACGUCUACACUGAUGAGGCGUUGGAGAGGAUCGAAAAGGAGUUGAUUGGGGUUGCAGAGAGGCAAAGCUUGGCAUCAAGUGAGGAUACUGAUGAAUCCAAUCCUCAGGAGGCGUUUCAAUCCACAGAGAACCCAGACUAUCAGGAUUACCGUGGAGAGGCCACAAUGCAUUACCGGCUGCGCCAUGAAGCCUUCCAGAAGGCCGCAGCAGCUUAUAACAGAGGACAGAAGGAGCUGGCCUCGUUUUACUCACAGCAGGGCCAUCUCCACACAGAGAAACUGAAGGCUGCCAACAAGAGAGCAUCUGAGGCCAUUCUAUCCUCAAAGAAUGCCCUGUUUAAUGACAACACGUUGGACCUCCACGGUCUCCACGUUGACGAAGCCCUGCUGAUACUCAAACAAGUCCUGAGUGACAAGGAGGCAGAGCUGGCUGCCCACGACCAGCUGCCACGCCCCUCUAAGUCACCUCAGAAGUACAUCUUUGUCAUCACAGGGAAGGGUAACCGGAGCAGGGGUGGAGUGGCCCGAAUCCGGCCAGCUGUCACUGAGCUACUCAAACAGGAAGGCUACAGAUUCAGUAUGCCAAAUGCAGGGCUGAUUAAGGUCGUCUUGUAGUCAGCAGCCAGCCGCCAAAUGAACAGCCAAACUGAAAGGCCUUCCAAGAGUGGCUACGAAAUGAGCGAUGAGGCUUGUAAUUAGAGUCAGAAAAAAAUUUAUAGGCUGGAAGUAAAAUUAGAAUGCCUAAAAGAGAAGCAAGUUGAAACAUUUGAAACAGCAUCUGAGCAUUAUUUAUUGCAUGAGCCAUUAAAGACCCCAAACUAUUGGUGGGUUAUUUAGGAAAAAUAGUUAUGUGUAUAUACAUAUAACUGGCCAUUUAUAUUUCAAGUUCAAUAAUUGAAGUUUCUAAGUUUGGGAGUCUUGUUGGGCAUAACUGUUGUAACCGCAGAAAUUAAUGGUUGAAAAUGGAACAUCCUCUCUUGCCAUGAGUGAUUUUUGCAAAGUGCUUUCAUAAAUAGGGAUUUUUUUGUCAAAUCCGGAAGGAAUUGCUUAAGUGUACGCAACAGUGGUGCUAUGUGGAAGUACAUGCUUGGAACUUUUUCCAAAAGUUUUCAAUCAAAUUUUUUUCAGUCAGAAAUUGUUUCUUCUGUUUGUAUCAAUUCUCUUUUAUAAAUUUUAUUUCAAAUGACUUUGCAGCUUAUCCAUCUUUAUUGCACACUCUCUGAUUUGUUGUUCAUAUAUUCCCUUUUCAAAGUUGGUUUUCGGUUCCAGAAAUUAAUUUUUUUUUUCAAAUUUGGCAUUUAUUCUUUUGUGUAAUUGUUCUUAGCAACCUUUUCCCAAUUUACUUUGUGCUUCAUUUGUGGCUUAUCCAUCUGCUAAAUGUACCCCACUCUGGAUUAAUCUUGUAUGCAAUGUAAUGCACACAAUGUGUAUAUGUAUAAAGGAGACAGUUAUACGGUAAAUCACUUUAUUUUGUGAGAAAUGUCACAAAUAAAAAUAAGGUUUUUUUAAAUUCAGGC